AUGGCUUCCAAGUCUAGUAAAUCGAAGGACUCGCUGCUAAAAGACUCAAAGCCAAAGUUCUUUUUAAAUAACGCCGGUGAGGUUAUCCGGCGCGUGGAACAGGAUGGCGUGACCUCAGAUACAGUAGUGUCUGUAUCUUCCCUGAAGGGCAAGCAACCGCCUUCGGGAGGCAGCAAAGUAAAGAAGUCUAAGUCGGAUUCCUCCCGGUCUCGCUCAGCCUCGCUGCAGCGCUCCUCGUCAGGGCAGCUGCUGGCCGGCUCCCGAGAUCGCAAGAUGUCCAGAUUUAAUCUGGGAUCACCUGCUGACGUGUGA